ACGUAUACCUUGGCACUGCGUAAUUUUGAUUAUGAAAUUCACACGGCUCAAGAUUUGGCGCAGGCAAAAGCAGCUUUACAGCAACAGCGCUUUGACUUGGUGGUUACAGAUAUGCGUUUGCCUGAUGGCCUUGGUUUGGAGUUGGUUGGUUAUUUGCAAGAACGUGCUAACAAUGAGCAAAGCGUAGUGAUUACUGCUUACGGCUCUGCGGAGAAUGCAGUGCAAGCCCUUAAGGCUGGGGCUUUUGAUUAUUUGUCUAAGCCUAUAGAUUUACAGCAGUUUCGCAGCGUUAUUGCUGAUGCCUUGGCUCAUGCAAACAACGUGAAGAGAUUACGUAUCGUGCAAGAGCAGAGUUUGUCCAAAGCAGAUGUGCAACUGCGCAAAUUGCAGGAGAUGCAGGACAAAGAUGUACCCAUUAAGGCGCAAAAGGCCAUGCAAGCCUUGGUGGGUAAUUCACAGCUUAUGCGUGAGCUGCGCAACUACAUUGCA